UAUUAUAGAAAAUAUAUCGUUAUUAAUACUUUCUGUAUUUGAGUUUUGGUUUGACUAGUCAGUGGAGAAAGAAGCAAUUAUUCAUGAAAAUGAUAAAUUUGAUAUAUUAACUAAUAUACUGUAAUGUUAUGUAGGAACGAAUCGUAUUAAUUAUGCAUUUAUGAAAUAUACUGAACUAUAGUUCAGUGUUAGAAUUCAUCUCACUUGAUGAUGUAUAGUCUUAUGUAGGUUGUUGAUGACUUUUUAACUUGUUUAUAAUUGUUGUUUUGGAACAAAAAAUAAUGUAAAUGAUUGAGGAACUCGUAUUCCAAAUGAAUAUUUUAUUAAUUCUAUUAAAUAUAACAUGACACUUUCUUAAAUAGAAAAUAAAAUCCGAUUACAUGGUAUUGUUCUGUAGUUUAUUGAGUUGAAUCUAAAAUGGCAGCUUCACAAGGAAAAUGAUAGCGCGUCAUUAUUCGUUAUUUUCGUUUGUGUUUGUUGUCGUUCAUCCCACUAGAAUUAUUUUGUAACGUAGGAAAGUUUAAAAAUGACGGAAAGUGUCUUUUCAAAGAUAAUUAUACUGAUUGAUACGAGUCAACGGAAUGUCAUACAUUGCAUCAUGUAUCAGUUGUUAAAUGUGUCAAUGUCAAUAUUUUUAAAUGUGUGAGAUACACCUUGAUUAUAUAAACAUUCCAAUUCAAGUACGUGUAGCGAAAAUAAUCGUUAUACCUUGCCAAUAAUAUGGUGAUGGCAGGGAACGAAAAUGCCCCUGGAUCUUUGGCGGAAGAUUCAUUAUCUACAAGAUUGCAAUGGCUACGCCAACGUCGUGAAGCAUUGCAAGAAAAAUUAAGUCAAAAGAAUAAUGAACUGAAAAACUUAUGUGUCGAGGAAGCAGAAUUGACCGGUGUUUUACCACCAGAGAUUCCACUGGAGGCUGGAGAGAGCCCACCAAGAUUUCGAAGAAGAGUUGGGACUGCAUUUACAUACCCACAGAAUUUAAUUAACAAACUGAAGACAAACGAAGUCGAGGAAUCUAAAUUAGAAGCAGAACGACAAUAUCAUAUUGGUAUAGUGGAAGAUGCGCUAGGAAAAGUAAAUAAUCCUGCAGAGAGUAAAGCAGUACGUCGUAAACAAAGGCAAGUUUAUCAACGAAGUCAGCAAAUAGUACAAGAAUUAGAGGCAAAAUUGAAUUUCAUAAGGCAGAGUCGUAGCAAGUCGCAUCUUCCGACACAGCUUCAACAUCCUCCAGUUUACAACAAUCAGCCACAUUUAUACACAAAUGUAAAGCAUAGGACAAAAAAGCCACGACCACCAUUAAAUGGCACAGUAAACGACGCAAAUCCCAAAGUCACGAGGAGCUUGCUUCAAGAGGGUGGAAUAAGCUUAAGUCCAUUAGGAUCAGAAGAUAAAUGCAACGUGUAUCCUGGUCACGGAUACGACGAACAGCCGCUAAUACCGAGUCCUUGUAACCACAAUCAUAUUGGUGCAUAUUGUCCCGCGAUAUCUGACCAGCGACAAAACAUUAAGAUAAUAGACCACGAUCACAACGAUAAUCAAAAUAUUUACAUAUUACGAAACGGUGGUUUGCGCAGUCAGAAUCACUAUCAAGAAAACGAACGACUGUAUCGUCCUCUACCGAAUACGUAUACCGAGGAAGAACGACAAAUACGAUGUCGCCAACUCCAACAACAACUUCAGGAACCAAUACAUAAUUAUCAACAAUAUACCGAGUACAAACACUUGGACAACGAUGUUCAACGAAGAUCUGGUCAGGAAUAUUACGACAGAGACUUUCCAGUGUAUCAUAAAAGUAACUCUCAGCCACAGUCCUUGUUAAGACGGGACCGUGAUUCCAGUGGCAGUAAAAAUCUACGAUACACGGAUUCACCCAGUGAGACGCAAUUACCAACGGGUUAUUGGAGGCGACACGAAGACAAGAUUGUCUGGUGCACGGACGAUCAACCAGUUACAGAUAGAUUUGGUAGCCUAGAUCGAAGGAAGCGUAACGCGGUGCAACACACCGUCAGCAUAAGCGCCGACAUACAACCACGGUAUCGCACGGUAUCCAUAGGAUGCAAUAAAAAUUCUCCUCUCCUCCCACCUCAUCAAAAUGCUUCCGUUCAUUUACUUCCCCUGUCUGAGCAAUCAUCGACAAACAGUAAAAUGUUGCUUCGCACGCAAUCAUUGGGCAGCGUGGAAAAAUGGCAUUCGAAUCAUCUGCACGAAUUGCACGAUGGCAAGGACACAACGGACAACGUCAGUCGUAAAGGAAGAGAGAAAGAAUGGUACGAGACCUCCUUGGAUUCGGGAACAAGUCCUGGAUUGGACCUUGGUAUAGUAACGUCGCAUAAGAAUAUUCAUUAUCAAUCUACUCUUCCUGUGACCCCUAAAACACCUAAUACUGGAAAUGAAGACGGGAAAAGCAAUAAUUAUAUUCCUUUGAUGAACCAUCGUAAGACUGAUAUAGCGAUCGAGAACGAGCAACAUUUGCAAUCGUCGUCGUCGAUUCGUUACGAACAAACGCGAAAGAAAGUGUUGGAAAUUCCAGCCGAGUCGAAAUCAUCUCAAGAGUCAAAUGAAGAGACGAUUAGAUUGGGAUCGUCCCAGAAUUGUACAAUCGUUCAAGCUGGAAAAUAUCAACCAUACAGGGAAGUUACGAAACCCUUUGAAAUGUCCGACUUUUAUAAAUACUCCACUAAGUUUCGUAAGAAAAACGAAGCAAACGGACAAAGUACUUCGACCGAAGUUCAGGAUGACUCUCGUGGAGUACAUUAUACUGGAACGAACACGGAUCUACACGGGGAAACGGAUUCGAAUACGGUGCAUAGCGGAUCAGUUGCUAGUUCCGUUCAAAAAAGAAUCUAUCAGCCUGUUCAACGAAUGACGUGUCAACCUUACCUCGCGUCAUUGAGAUAAUUUCUUGUCUCUGUAUGGAUUACGGAAGAUCUAAGGGGAUGGCAUAAAAUAGAUAAGAUAGGCUGGACCUGUCUAGAGAAAUAUUCGUAAUCUGUUCUCAUUAUAACAAAAUGGAAUGAGAUUGACUGAAAUAAUUACUGCCAAGUAGCAAUCGCGUUCCAAGGAAUUGUAGUAGCUACAUUGUAAAACAAUUACAAAUACCUUAUAUACUUGUAUUUCUUGCUUUAGAUGAGAGGUAAUUGAUUCAACAUUAUCAACGUUGCACGUGUGGUCAUACAAAUUGUAUUUUCAUAUAUUUUAAGUAAAAGGUGUGACGCCUUUUACGAAAUUUUGACCCAUUGGCAUUCCAAAUUGUUUUGAAAAUCGACUGCAUUGAUAUCGAGACCUGAGUAGUGCCUUAUUUUAAUGAAAAUUGAUAUCAAAAUUAUACAAAAGAGAAAUUGUAAAUGAAACACGUAAUGAGCGAAAAUACUAAAGAAACUUAAUUGUACAAAUGGUGAGCUAGCUAGCAAUCUAGUAGUUCGAAAACGGACUCUAAAACUUUGUACAUUAUAUAUUGUACUGCGUACAUGAUUAAUGAUCGCGAUCUGUCAAAUAUUAUUUACCAGGUAGCGAGCGUGUUUUGUUACAUUGACUGCUUCAUUACAUAGAGUUAAGAGUAGACUGCAGAUUUUAUACAUUGGUGAUGUAUACUUAUACGGAACAUAUACAAAAUUAUAUAUGUUAACAUAAUAAUAUUAAUAUUUCAUUACUCAUACGUAUAUAUCUUUAUAUGUAUACAUUUGACAAAUUUGUUAUGUGUGUGAAUGCCAGGAAUGCAUAAAAUUUGCAGUUUAGUUACGCGUAAAUAUUUUUAUAUUUGGUUUUAUAGUACGUAUAACUAGUACAUAUACUAUACAAGUUAAAGACUUCUUUAGAGAGUUAAAAGUACAUUUAGAGCAAACGAAUAAGACUGGUAAAAUAAUAAAUACCAGAAAAUAAAAGAUAUAUAAAUUAAACAUCAUAAAUAAGAAAUGAUUCUUUCAAUUAUAUAUUUCAAUAUAUCAUUAUGUAUUCAUAGAGAUAUGUGUCUGUUUUCUUCCUUUUUUUUAAGUGUUUUGCACAAUGUUUACAGUAAGACAUAAGAAUAUGUAAACCUUUAUUUUGAGUGCCUUCGAUUCAUAUAAUGCUUCGCGAUGCUUUGAUUGAGAAUGUUUUGUAUUUAUUUAGAUGAAAUCUAUAUAUAUAUUUUGAAUAUAUUAAUCCAGUGAAGUUGUAUUUAAUA